AUCCCUUUCUUUCAUGCCUGAAAGAGGCUUUUGUGCAAGCCCUCGGGAUUUGUUUCCCAGUUCGGAUGAGAUCGGCAUUUCCCCGCUGUCGCUCCCGUGGACGGUCGCCUCUGGGUGCUGCCAGCCGCAGGUGAAGUGUUCGUAGCAGAGUUUCGGUUGAGUCCGGCGCUGCCCUCUUUCGACCUCACCUCAUGAGAGCAUACCUAGGUAGGAGCUGUGUUCCGACAUUCUUUCUAGGCAAUCAGAUUUGCUUGCCUAAGUUGUACAUCUGGGAAUCAAGUAAUGUGCUUCGGUGUCCGCUUCGUCGAUUCGUCUCAAUAAUUCCGCCGACUGGUGGUGACCAAUCACAAAUCAAUUUUGCCUCCUCGCCAACCGCAUGGCCAUUGGGUUUUCUCACAGGCAUGACCAUGUUUGCAAGAAGUAUUCCAUAUGCAGGCCGAGGGUAGGAUCGUCACAAUCCUGCCACGUGUACUGCAGGUUCGAUCGGCAAGGAGCAAGUGA